UCUGCUCGCCGAGAAUGAGCCGUUUAGCAUCUCGCGCGAGAGCUUCGACUCCUACAGGCGGUCAUUUGAUAUCUCCGCGCGCUCUCCCAUUCAAGACAAUGUCCAUGAGACGUACCCCCGCCAGUCGCUCGAUGCGCGCCGCUCCGUAGAUACCAGACGUUCGCUCGACGUCCGCCGUUCGCGCGCCACACCGCGCUCCUCGAUGCAACAACCCCGCCACAGCGAAAGCCACGAGCAAGUGCCUGAGGAGGGGUUCGAGGAGGUGGGCCUGAACGACGAGCCGAAGCCGCAGCCAAAGAAGCGCAGCAUCUUCUCGCGCUUCGGCGAUAACAACAACACCGACAAGACGGAAGAGCGACCCAGCUCGAGCCAUCACUUCUCCCUCACAGGCCGGAAGCGCGCUGAGAGCGGGGCAGGCUCGGAGCUCAAGCCUAUGCCAAAGCCAGCGGCAGAGGUUCCCGCGGAGGCACGGUGA